AUGGGUGACAUUCUCACCACAUCGCCAUCCAGGAAGAGGCAGUCGCAUGAGCUCUUAGAUCGUUAUGCCCCAUCGUCAGCAACACGGAGCAGUCAUGAGAGCGAUGAGACUAUAAAUGGCAUGCCGCUCCACGCGAUUUCUCACGACGCGUACGAUGCACGCGAGAAAGAAGUCAAGAGAAAGCGACGACUGUCGUCCAAGGCUGUGGAGUUCCAUGAAAGGUACACGUACAGUGAGGAUGCUCCGAGACUGCUCACGAAGAAACCCACCAACUAUACGAAGCCUCGACCACACCCUGGUACGCUCAGGUCGCAGAUAUCGGUACCACUGCCGAGCCCUGUCAAGGUCGAUUCACCAGAGUUGGUCAGAAUUGUGGAAGUGGAUGAAAACAUGACCGACAAGGAAGCGGAGAAACGGUUGGGGGCAAAAAUUAGUAAGAUCAGUCUGACGGGUAAGCAGAAGAAGUCCGAGAGUGUACUAGAAGUGGGGUGCAGAGUGCAGGUGAACAAAGAGGGCAAGCAGAUUGGCCGUGUUCGGUUCCUGGAUGUCACAGGCGCGUUCGUGCACUAUGAAGGAUGGGGUGUCGAGUACGAUGAAUGGGUUGACUUGGAAUUGGUCAAGAUUGUCGAUAUGCCCGUCGACGACGAUACUCUGGGGCCCAACGGUACCGAGAACGAUGAGAAAUGGCAGAGCAUCAGAGAAAAUGCAAAGACCAUGGUGGGACAUUACAAGACGGGUAUCAUAUUCGAUGCCACCACUAUGAAGCACGAGUGUACGUGCGACGCGCCCCAAUCCUGGCACCCGGAACAACCGGCACGUAUUGCAUGGAUCUUGGGUGAGAUGGACAAGGCCCAUCUUAUCGAUCGUUGUUUGCCCUUGCGCUCGCGCGAGGUGCUGAUAGAAGAAUUGGACCUCGUUCACAGUAGCAAACACAUUCAGACAUACGGGCUUGUGCCGGUAGGGACUAAGCUUGAACCCAUGGAGCUGGAAGAGAUGGAGUGUGGUGGCGCUGGUGUUGCGUGCGAUACGGUUUACAACAAGGAUACUUCACCCUUGUCUGCAUUCCUAGCUGCCGGGUGUCUGUUAGAAAUCGUGCAAAAAGUCAUCAAAGGUGACUUGGAGAACGGCUUCGCGGUGAUUCGCCCACCAGGGCAUCAUGCAGAGGCGAAGGAAGCGCUAGGGUUCUGCUUUUUCAAUAAUGUGAGUGUGUGCGCAGCAGUGGCUACUCAGCGAUGGGGUGUGAAGAAAAUUCUCAUUGUGGACUGGGAUGUGCACCACGGCAACGGGACACAGAACAUUUUCUACGACAAGAAGAAUGUUAUGUAUAUGUCUCUUCAUCGUCACGACGAGGGUAAAUUCUACCCGUUCACCGGAGGUCCGGAUGAGUGCGGCGAUGACGAUGGUGAAGGCUAUAACAUCAAUAUUGCUUGGAAGGGACAGGCCAAAGUAGGCAACAUAGAGUACAUCAAUGCUUUUAAGCAUAUUGUCAUGCCGAUCGCGCGGCAGUUCAAUCCUGAGUUGGUGAUCGUCUCUGCCGGCUUUGACGCUGGGGAGGGCGAUCCUAUUGGAGGCUACUCGUUGACACCCGAGUGCUAUGCUCGCAUGACUGGUAUGCUGAAAACAUUGGCUGGUGGCAAAAUAGUGCUAUCACUAGAAGGAGGGUAUGCUGCAAAAGCUCUGGCACCAUCUGCUACUGCCUGCCUCAAGAAUCUGUUGGGCGAGGAAGACCCUAAGUUGCCUUAUCCUCGAGCUCUGACUGUGUCUGGUAGGUCACCGUCUCGCACUUCGGUGGGUGUGUUGAACAGUAUUAUUGACAUCCAGAGCAAAUAUUGGACACUUACAAAGCCGGAGACGUACGAGAUCCCAGUAGAACAGUUCAAAGAGAAAGGGAAGCGCAAGAAGGGAAAGAGUAGUUAAAUCUUCAUUUAUUUAUAAUUAAGAAUAUCUAGCGUGCAAGAAGAGGGCAAUCACUUCGUUUGGGAUGAAGGAUAGUCUACACUAAAUAAUGGAUUCAACUACGUGGUCUCCGCCCAUAUCGUGCUAGUAUGAUAUGUAGAGCACGAAGUGUUUCGGGGUAGCUUGAAAUCUUCCUUAUUCUUGGCUUCGGUGGUGCGCCAUAGUUCAGAGGAGAAACAAGGAUACAAAAAGGAACUUCUUCUGCAUACAGGCAUCACGGACAAGUAUGCCAGUUUUCUCGCGACGCGCAUAAUAGCAAGGUUGUAGUCUAUAGCAUAGUCACAUCUAAUUCUAGUCCUAGCCUAUUGUUUUAGGAUGCUGGUAGUCCCAGCGGGUACUUUGUUCUGCAGCUCGUAAUGGAGGUACGCAGAUCAAAUUAUCGGCACUUACAAUGUACA